AUGCAAACUCAUCGUUUGCUGGCACCAUAAGCUUCGCAUCUUUCCACUAAAGUCAAAAAUGUCACUCUCACGUCGCCAUUGUUGGCCUCUCUCUCCUUCUCCUUCUUCUUCUUCCUCCUCCUCCGACGAAAGUCGGUCACUGCUCUUUCUCUCUCUCUCUCUCUCUCUCCUCGAAGCAAUGGAAUCCGCUGCUCUUCUAGAUUCCGCUCUGUUUCAGCUCACUCCAACUCGCACCAGAUUCGAUCUGGUACUCUUCUGCGGGAGCAAGAAGGAGAAAUUGGCUUCUGGGCUGUUCGAACCCUUUAUCUCUCAUCUGAAAUUCGCUAGAGAGCAGAUCUCCAGAGGCGGAUACUCCAUUUCUCUUCGCCCUCCCUCUUCUCAUUCCUCUUGGUUCACCAAAUCCACCUUUGAUCGAUUUGUCAGAUUCGUUAACACGCCUGCGAUUCUUGAGAGAUUUGUCAGUUUGGAGAAGGAAAUCUCGCAGAUUGAGAAUUCCAUUCAAGCAAAUGAAAUCACCAACGCUACUGGCCCCGAGCAUCUGCAUAGUGGGAGUACAAUCGGCGGAAAUGGUAACCUGAGGAAGUCAAAUGAUUUUUCUAAGUUACAAAAAGAAUUCGAUGGAAGCCAUGAGGGUGCAGAAGAAGAAAACUCCAAGAUUCAACUUCAACGUCUUCUUGAAACCCGAAAAACUUUGCUUCGGAGGGAGCAAGCAAUGGCCUAUGCUCGUGGGGUUGCUGCCGGUUUUGAAAUUGAUGGUAUGGAUGAUCUCAUAUCCUUUGCGGAUACUUUUGGAGCUUCACGCCUAAGGGAAGCAUGCAAUAAUUAUAAAGAACUAUGGAAGAAAAAGCAUGGGGAUGGUCUUUGGAUGGCAGAAUUAGAAGCUGUGAGAGCAUGUGCUCCGCCAGAUAUGUCCCUAUUAGGCUCCUCUGGAAUCAUCCUAACAAAUGAAGUUACUGCUCUUUCGUUAAAUGGGACCGACUCAACGCUAUCUAAUGCGGGCUCAGACACUAAAGAUGACAAGUCGGGUAAUUCAGAUCAAUUUCCUAAAGCCAUUCCGGCAUUUCAAGCACCAAUGACAUGGCCUAAUCACAUGCCUCAGUAUUUCUAUCCUUAUCAACAGCCUCCUCCAUACCAAGGAUAUCCUUAUCCUCCAAUGCAACCUCAUCCAAACGCAUGGAAUGUGACAUGGCCUCCGAAGAGUAAGUCAUAUAAGAAAAAUGGGACCGAGGAUUCCAAAGGAGAUGAGUCCAGUGAAUCUAGUGAAUCUGAAUCUGCCAGUGAAGAUUCUGCAUCAUCUUUGGAAGAUCAAGGCAAAAGGCAUUCCAGGAGUGUUAAGGACUAUCGGAAAUCAGCAAAAAAUCGGAAGAAGGGGUCUAAAACUGUUAUAAUCCGAAAUAUAAACUACAUUACCCCUGACGGAAGAAAUGCGGACAUGGAGGACAAUGAGUUAACCGAUAACAUUUCUGUCAAAGAAUCAAUAGAUGCAGCUGUUGGGAUAUUGGGUAAGGAAAAGAGAGCCAGUGAAGGUUCUGGGGAUGAUAUUACUAAAAGUGCACCUGAAGAAAGACGAAACAACGAGAAGUGGGAUGCUUUCCAGAAUAUUCUGAUGAACCACGAUGAGAAAUCGAUCAAUGAGGCCACAAAUCUGAGGUCCAUGGAUGUCGGAGAAGAACAUUUCACACUCGGAAGCUCAGGUUUUGGCGCAAAAUCAGAAGGUUUUCAAAUGAAAGAAAAGGUUCCUCUUGAUUCCUCCAUCGUAACUCAGAGAAGUGUAGAAAAUGGUGGAGGGGCAGCGUUUGAACAUUUUGGAAACGAAGAGGGUGCUCGUAGAAUUCCCAGGAUGAUGGACUCAACUGACGAAUUUAUGCUACUACCAAAAAGAUCCGAAAUGGUUGGAAAUGGAAGCAAAGACAUGAACUAUGUUUCAGGAGCUGAAAAGUUGGUGAUCAAGUCAGGAAAGGGAGAAGACUGGUUUUUAGCCGAUAAUGCGGGGAAGCUGCAAAGCUGCGAGGGCAUGUCGUUUGACGGUAACUGCAUUUUGACCUCAGAGGGUUCUUGCAAUGCUCGAGCCGAACAGAGUAGGAAACAGGAAUUUGUUGAUGAUUCUUUCAUGGUCCAGUCCUCUCUUGCUGGUGAUUCUCCAUAUGAUUCUCAAUGGAGAUCAGGCAUAACCAUAGCUGCGGAUCUUGCUCUAGCUUCGAACAUGGAAAACUGGAAUGCAAAUCCCCAGCAAGAACAGCAUGGAGCAGUUGACCCGUGUGAACCAAACGAUCUUUUCAUGAUUCUUGAACGCAGUCCCGAAGUUGUGGAUAAUUCACUGGCAGUUGAUUAUGGAAUCGACUUAUCUGUUGUGGAAUCCAACGCAAGGCUGUUAAGCAUCGGAAGCAAGCAGGAAGAGGACAAGAGCGGAGAGAAGAUGGAGAAUGCCCUCAAGAAGACAGAUCCUCGUGCCAAGUCAAGAAUCCCCGGAAGGUCCCUCGUGAAAAACAGAGCGGAAACCGUGUCCAAGACUGGAAAGAAGCCGACGGUAGCUAACAGAACAAUGGGUCAGAAGAGCAAGCUUGAGAAGGAAGAAGAGAUGCGCAAAAGGGUCGAAGGUCUUCUAAACGAGCGACAGAAGAGGAUUGCAGAGAGAACAGCCAUGGCUACUUCUCGGAGAGCUUCACUGGACAGCACAACAAGCAAACUCUCUGUUACCAGUUCUCGAGCAAGAGCUGUUUAAGAGAUUUGGUCUGGUGGUCAAGAGCUAUUUAUUAUAUUUUCAAUUUAUUUGUGAUAAUCUCAUUCGUUUUUUUUAUUCUUGAUUCUUUGAGCUUUACAUUCUUUUUUGUAAUAUUAUUAUUCAAUUCAAUAACCGCGUGAUCCUCUGUUUGUGGUUAAUAAAGUUCAACAUUUCUA